AUGCAAGGAAGUAUAAAGAAGUUAUACUUCUGUGAACCAUGUAAGCCCUUAAUAUAUGGGAUAACUGCUAUUGCUAAUGAUGAAGACUAUGGUGGUUUCAUUUUUCAUGCAUAUGGGACGGAUGGUAAAAUUUAUAUGUAUGUGGACCAUAAUGGUCAAGGAAUAGACGAUUGGUUUGGUUCUGACGUAGAAGAGGAGGAUGGAGAUGAUUCACGCAUUGAUGGUGGUGAGAAUGAGGACGAAAUUGAUAACCUAAUAGAUGUGGAUGUGGACUUUAAUGAGGACAUAGUCACUAUGAAUAGAACAAAGGGUGAUGACUUUCUAAAUAAAUUGUGUGGAAAAGAGGAAGAGGGAAAUGAUAACAACAUAGAUGAUGAUGAUGGGCGUGAAGAGGAUGCCAAUGUAACUUAA